UGGGUGCGGGCGGGAGCUGGAGGAGUUGGCCGGGUAGAUAGAGGAUGUAUUGUCGUUGCGAUGAAGGCUGAGCCUCCUCGGAACAACUAGGAACACAACAAACACACUGGACUGUCAGUCGCGGGUGCCUGCACAAGGCGGACGCAUCCUGGAACAGCCCUGAAAUACGUUUCCUGCGGACAAUGACGCAUCUGGGAUACUUCCUGUCCAUCGGCUUGCUGCUGACCGCCGUGGUCGAGUGCCAACGGCGGCCGUUCAGACCAAAGCCCCCUCGGACCAGGCCGCCCAAGGCGCGCAAGCCCCCCAAGGCCCCAAAGCCGAGCAAAGCGGCCUUCAGCGAACCCGUGGAACCGAUUCACCUGACCACGCUGCCUCCACCGCUUCCCCCGGGCCCGCGCUCCGUCUUCUCCGACUGCCCCAGGGAGUGCGUCUGUCCGCCGGACCACCCCAGCGCCCUCUACUGCGACAGCCGCAACCUCAGGGUGGUCCCACUCAUCCCACCCAGGAUCGAGUACCUCUACCUCCAGAACAACUUCAUCGAAUCCUUGCCCGUACUUUCCUUCCGCAACGCCACCCAGCUCAAGUGGAUUAACCUGGACAACAACAGGAUCUCCAGUCGCAAGGUGGACAAGGACCUCUUCACCAUCCUGAACAAGGUGCUCUUCCUGUACAUGGCCCAGAACAGGCUGGACGAAGUUCCCGCCAACCUCCCCCCGAGUCUGGAGCAACUCCGGCUGUCCAGGAAUCAGAUCUCCAAGAUCCCUCCGGGCACCUUCAACCAAUUGGCCAACUUGACCUUGCUGGACCUCCACCACAACAACCUGCUAGACAACGUCCUCAACAAAAACACCUUCAAGGGUCUCAAGAGCCUGAUGCAACUCAACCUGGCCCACAACUCCUUGAGGAAGAUGCCCCCCACAGUCCCUCCGCACAUCUUCCAGCUCUUCCUCGACAAGAACAGCAUCAGCCAGAUCCCCAAUAACUAUUUCAAGAAGUUGCACCAGUUGACGUUCCUGAGGUUGAAUUUCAACCAGUUGACGGACAAGGGGAUUCCCAACGGCAUCUUCAACGUGUCCACGCUCCUUGGCCUCCAACUGUCCAACAACAAACUCAACUCCAUACCCAUCAUCAACCCGAAGCUCGAGCACCUGUAUCUCAGCUACAACCACAUAGAACGCAUCAACGGGAGUGAGGUGUGCCCGCGUUCGCUCACCAGCAUCGCUCUGAACUCGCACGAUCUGGAGGCCGUUCCCCGCCUGCGUUACAUACGCCUGGAUGGCAAUGCCCUGGCGCCGCCCAUCCCCAUAGACUUCAUGUUGUGCUUCAGGCUCCUCCAAGCCAUCGUCAUUUGAAGAUCAGCGCCUCGAGAUUACGCCUCAUCUCCUCUCCCCCUUGUUUAACCAGUGACUGUCACCGUUCACACCGCCCUUCAGAUUCUUGGCGCCAUUGAGUGAAAUGUUCUGACGCUAAAGUGUUCAGACACAGUAUGGGCGGCACGGUGGUGCAGCGGUAGAGUUGCUGCCUCACAGCGCCGGAGUCCCGGGUUCGAUCCCGACUACGGGCGCUGUCUGUACAUGGUUUGUACGUCCUCCCCGUGACCUGCGUG